AUACUUAUUUGCCCCGCUGUAGGUCUUUAGUUUAAAUUCAUAAAUGGGAAAGUCAAUUACAUGCAAUGCCAGACAGGGCAUAAAAUAAGUUUUUCUUGAAUCAAAUGAAUUUGUGGGUGAGUAUUAUUCAACAAAUUUCACUCCUGCUCCUCCCCUAGUAUUGCUGGUUUUAAAAAAAAAAGCUUUUUAAAAGCGAAGAAACUUUUCUCCGGAACAAAGUUGCCCUGUGUUGAGUUACUCUCGCUAUCCGUCCCUCUUUCCCUUCAUGUGCGUGUUGAAGAGUGUGUGUGUUUUGGUUGGAGGAGGGGAGUUUUGAUUUGCGCUGCAGUCAGACGAGAGAGAUCGUCUUUCAGACCAGAUAUGGAGGCUCAGCCAUGGAAUAGAAAAAAAAAGAAGUAGUUACUUGAAGAUCUUCAUCGAAACCUAAGCCUGGCUUAUUGUUUUGUUUUUGUUGAGGUUUUGGUCUGAUCUGCCGGUGAAUGAAACUUGUUUUCACUUUUAAAGUAAAGAGAGCAGUGGACACCCCCUGGUCUGGAAUGAUGUGAGUUGCGGUCAGCUUUAAAAGCUCUCUGUUGAUGAUUGUGUGGACGUUCGAUUAACUGACCAUUAAGUCUGUAUUGGUGUUGUACUCUCCUGCUUAUGGACUGUUUUUAUUGUGCCUCUGUGGAGUAAAACUUGAGUAUCUUGAGUGCUUUUCUAUUUCUGGAGAGACCGUUCGCUUAUCUUCUUACUCCCUCCAUCUCUCUCUCCUUUCUCCUUUGUGUUCUCUGGAGAAGGAGGAGCUCAGAAACUCACUGGUGGUGAUGAUUUGUUUUCCAUCUCCCAACAAGUCGAAGAACCUACAAAUGAGGAUUACAGCCGAAAGGUAGAAAUCGGCGACGAUUUGACGGACCUUUUUCAUAUUCAUCACGUCAACGUAAAGCUCUAUUCUGAGGCAACGACAGCUCUUUCAUGUGUUGACGCCGCCCUCCACAUGGAAACACUCUGAACCAAUUACAUCAGGCUCAUAGCUAGUUAUGGACUGCACGGCGGCGAUUUUGAAAGCAUGUGCCCGUUCAAGGACCGUGUGGUGUAGGCAUGAGCGGGCCUCAGCGCAACACUCUUGGAGGUUUGCGGAAAACUGCCGUUGCGGGGCAGUUGGCACCUUCAGCCAUGCAUCCUCCCUUCUGCGAAGCUUGCUGUUUUAUGUAUGCUGCUGUCUGACCCAUGAGGAAAACUCGGAUCUGUGUCAGGAUUGGGACGAUGAGCCAAUCAAUGGAGCAAGGAGAAUUAGGAGAGGAAGGCCAGCGGAAGGUGAAGAGGAUGAGCUAGGACCACCUCCGUCAGUCGAUGAGGCAGCUGAUGCGUUGAUGACCAGACUAGGCUUUUUAUUGGGAGAAAAGAUCAAUAAUGAAGAACCUGGCUCACCUCACCAUGCCCAGGUCGACGGACAGAGGAUCUCUCCCUCCUCCAGUCUGGAUAGCAGCAACACGUCUCCCUCAUCCACAUUACCGCCUCCUGCUGGAGUGGAAGGCAACAACAACAAACCAUCCAUCCAUGCCUCUGUCACCUCCCCAACGUCAACACUGGAGAGCAGAGAUAGCGGGAUCAUAGCUACAUUGACCAGCUAUUCAGCUGAAUCAGCAGCAGAGCGUGACGACAAUAUCAAGCAUCCCAGUGACGGUUACCAUGGCAGCAGCCUCAAACUCUGGAGGCAAGGGGGGCGGCCAGUGGUGGCGUCGACUUCCUCUUCCUGUAUGAUAGCUCCUGGAGGCUCCACCGAUGACUUCCUCUACAGGGUGGAGGACAACAAGGCUUCCACAUGCAGCCUUAACAAACUCCACCCAGAUUGGGGUCAAGACUCGAACCACUUGUCAGGAUCCACCCACUCCAUCCCACUCUACCUUAUGCCUCGCCCCAAUUCAGUUGCUGCAUCUAGUUCUGCUCAACUUGAAGGUCUGGCCUACCUGGAUGACCAGCAAAGGCUCAGCCCUUCCAGGGCGUCCCUCAGAAUGCCCAGACAGAAUUCUGGAAAAGAAAAGAGAGUUCAGUUAACUCCAUAUCUUAGCCUAAAGCCCCUUCACUUUGAAAUUCCCGGACUGUGUUCUGAUUGGAGGUUUACUGGAAGGGAGUGGCUUUUCCAGGAGGUUGACACCUGCCUUUCCAGUGAUGACCCCUCAAUCAAUCAAGGAGUGAUCAUUGUCGGAAACAUGGGUUUUGGCAAGACAGCCAUCAUUGCCCGGCUCGUGGCACUGAGUUGUCAUGGGAACCGGAUGUGGCCAACAUCUACUGGCUUCCAGACACUUCCCAAAUAUGCGGAAUCUUUCCCCCAGGAUUCACUUGGACGAGGAGGAGCAGAAGAAGGAGGUAGCUGUCCGGGGACUCCAGAGAUCAGGAGGAGACAGCAGGAGGCCGUGCUGAGGCUUGCAGGACAGGUCGUUUCCUAUCAUUUCUGUCAGGCAGAUAACUGUCAUACGUGUCUAGUGCCGGAGUUUGUCCACAACAUGGCGGCAACGUUAACCGAAGCUCCUCAGCUUUCAGCAUAUCGAGAGCUCCUGCAUCGAACACCGCAGCUUCAGAGCUCGCUCAGUCUACGAUCCUGCAUCCAAGACCCGAGCUCAGCCCUCCAGAAAGGAAUUCUAGAACCCCUAAAUGCUCUUUACCGGGAGAGGAGUUUGCAUUUGGACGGGUCGGGCCUCAUUUUGCUGAUUGAUGGGCUUAAUGAGGCGGAGUUCCAUCGACCAGACUACGGCGACACACUGACCUCGUUUUUGUCCCGAAACAUUCACAAAUUUCCCUCAUGGUUAAAGAUCAUUGCCACUGUCAGGUCCAAUCAACAGGACAUCACUCGAUCUUUACCUUUUCACCGCAUCUCCUUAGACAAAUUGGAGGAAAACAGUGCCAUAGAUCAAGAUCUGCAGGGUUACCUGAUGCAACGUAUCCAUAGCAGCCCUGAGAUUCAGAGCAACGUGUCACUAAGCAAUGGUCGUCUUGACAACACAGCACUUACCAAGCUGAUAAGCCAUUUGAAGACCCUAAGCAAAGGCUCAUACCUCUACUUGAAACUGACCCUAGACUUGAUAGAAGGCGGCUACCUGGUUCUUAAGAGUUCCAGCUUCAAGGUAGUUCCUGUAAGCCUCGCGGAGGUCUACCUGCUGCAACUUAACAUGCGAUUCCCCACACAAUCGUCUUUUCUAAGAGUUAUACAACUGCUAAAUGUGACCGUGGCUACACUGCACCCAUUGACUGACCAACAGCUUUUCGAAGUGAUAAAUGCUGGCACUCUGACUGGCGGGGCAAUGCAAUGGGCCGAGUUCACGCAGCGUUUGGAGCAGUUGUGUCCGUUCCUCCAACAGCGCAGUGAUGGUAGUAGGAUGCUAAACCACACUUCAUUCAGGGAAUGGCUGGUGUGGAGGGAUGACGGGCAGGACGACAGGUUCCUCUGUGACCCCAGAAGCGGUCACACACUGCUGGCUUUCUGGCUCUGCAGACAGGGAGGGAAGCUGAGCCGACAGCAGACCCUUGAGCUGGGACAUCACAUUUUAAAGGCUCACAUCUACAAGGGCUUGAGUAAGAAGCUUGGAAUUUCAUCUUCAAUUCUGCAGGGCCUUUGGUUGGCCUAUAGUACAGAGAGUUUGAACCAUGCGCUCUCAUCACUGCGAAACCUUUACACCCCAAACAUCAAGGUGAGCCGGUUGCUGAUCAUGAGCGGGGCUGAUGUGGAUUACCGAAGCGGUGUCCUUAAUAACGCCCCCCUGCUGUGUGUCCAUGCUCAUUUGGGCCACACUGAUGCUGUGGCUCUUUUACUUGACCAUGGAGCCCAGGUGGAUAUUCAGUCAGAAGAUGGGUUAACUGCACUGGGAUUUGCGGCUUCUGCUGGACAUUUGGAUGUUAUCACCCUGCUUAGUCAGCAUAAAGCAAAGAUUGGUCACGUUGACAGCUCAGGUCGGUGUGUUAGUGUGCACGCAGCUCAGCGAGGCCACCUCAACGUGCUCCGUUUCCUUCUGAAGAACUCGGACUGGAGCUGCAUUCCCUGCUGUGACCAGAGGGGGGUGAGCAGAAGCCAGGCUCUGCAGCAAGCACUGACUGCAGCAUCCAGCAUGGGCCACACCGAGAUUGUGUCUUAUCUGCUGGAUCCUCCAGAAGAAGACAGUAAGGAAGAAGAAAGACCUGAGAUCAACAAACCUGACAGUCUGUGGGGAGAGACAGCCUUGACAGCAGCAUCAAGUGGAGGCAGGUUGUCAGUCUGCAAGCUGUUGUUGGAUCAAGGAGCUGCUCUGGAGCAAGGCAGUAGGCGAAGUGUCUUGCCGCUGUUCUGUGCGGUCAGGCGAGGCCAUUGGCAGGUGGUGGAGUUGUUACUGAGUCACGGGGCACAGGUCAACAUGGUGGACCAGCAGGGCCGCACUGCUUUGAUGACGGCAGCCUCAGAGGGUCACAUGGCUACUGCCAAAUUGCUGUUAGAUCACGGUGCGUCUCUGGAUCAGGCUGACAGGGAAGGCCUCACAGCGCUGAGUUGGGCUUGUCUGAAAGGCCAGCUCUCAUUGGUCAUAGAGCUGGUGGCGAGAGGUGCAGCUACAACGCAUAGUGACCGCAGUGGACGCACACCAUUAGAUCUGGCUGCAUUCCGCGGUGAUCCCGAAGUGGUGAAGCACUUGGUGGAUCACGGCGCGUCUGUGGAACACGUGGAUUCCAGUGGGAUGCGACCAUUGGACCGAGCGGUCGGAUGUAGGAACACUUCAGCUGUCAUCGCUCUGCUCAAAAAGGGCGCCAAAAUAGGACCAGCAACCUGGGCCAUGGCUACAUCCAAACCAGACAUUUUAAUGGUUCUCAUCAGUAAAUUGGUCCAAGAGGGUGACAAACUGUACAAGCAAGGUAAAGUGAGGGAUGCAGCUCAUUCCUAUCAGUCUGCACUCCAGAAGUUUCCGACGGACGACCCGAAGACAUUCAAACAGUUGAGAGUGUGUGUGCUGCUCAACCUGUCACGUUGUCGCCGCAAAAUGAAUGAUUUUAGUCUUGCUGAGGAAUUUGCUAGCAGGGCUUUAGAACUAAAACCCAAAUCUUACGAGGCCUUCUACGCCAGAGCGCGCGCCAAACGCAGUCGCAGGCAGUUUCACGCAGCCCUUGAAGAUCUGCUGGAAGCCAGUCGCCUGUGUCCUUCCAACCGGGAGAUUCAGCGCCUGCUGUCUCGCGUUAAGGAAGAGUGUCGACAGCACAUACAGCAUCAAGACUCUUCCGCUCCCUCUCACCAUGAUGCAAGGGGUAGAGAUUCAGAUUACCUGCAGGUCCACGCCAAUGAGGCAUUUGCAAAGGAUGAAGAGAUCGAAGAGGACAGGAAUCAGAGGAAAGGGGACGUUACCGCUCUUAAUAUUUAUGGCCGUCCAGCAGUGCAUUUACCUUCUUCCCUUCCUCCAACUCAUAAUGUUCAUCGCCCCCAGUCCAGUCCCACACAUUCGCCCUCUUCCUCCCCCUCUCACGUGGGACCGUCCUCCUCCUAUCGUUGUGUCAGCCCGCCAACCUCGCCGCAGCAGCAUCGGCAUCCCAUCAGCCCAAUGGCAGAGCGCAAGUUGUUAACCGGUCACCUUCCAGAUCAGAACCCUCACCAUCAAGCAAGAUCUUUUCAGAACCAAAACCAGUGGCACCAACCAGUCAAAGUCCAAGUUGUUAGAACGGGCCAACCCAGCUCAGCAGUUCACUCCAGCAUGGUUUUGGGUAGUUCCGCCUACUCCCAGUUUGCACAACUGCCUCAAGAACUUGCUGAACUUGGGGAGGGAUUUCGCCCAGGUCCCUUUGAUAUGAAACCUAGCCAGCAUGCACACGCAGGACUGGGAUGUGGACCUUCGUAUCUACAAGAGAGUGCGGAUGUUGAUCUCGUUUACCAGUCGAAAGCGACACCCGGCUACGGUGCAGGGAUGAGUCGCUUUGGCCAGCCCCGUCAGUUCAGCCGUAACCAAUCUAAAGCUGCCUAUUACCCCAUGGAAGUGACUGAAAUGACAAAAGCUUCCCUAGAUGAUCAGUACCUCCACCAGGCAGGCCUACGACACCCACUUAGCGCUCACCCAAUUGCCCCUGCUCUUCCCCAGAGACCCGUCAUACACUCCCAGAGCACCAACGUUUGCCUCGCUAGCGGGCAGCAGGCUAACCGCGGCCCGAGUUUCAGGACAUCUGCCUCCGCGCAGCAUAUGGACUUACCUUCACAGGCAUUCACCGGAGACCUGAUUGGUCACUUCGAUGAUCUGGUACUCAACUCCUCCCCCCAGGUAGAGUGUGUGGUAGGAGGCGGUACAUAUCCUGGAGAGGCCGGUCGUUUGUCAAGAAACACGCCUUAUAUGGGUCUUAACGACAAAUCUGUGAGGGUGCAACAACAAUACCAGCAACAAGCGCCGCCCGCUUCCUCCUCUAGCCUCAGCCCCUCUCGAUCAUGGGCCGUGUCUUCGGUGGACACUAUCAUCACCUCGCCCGGAAAACACCCCGGCGACCAAGCCAACGAGAAGAGCCAAUCGCAGCAGGCCUUCUCUAUCGCCUAUCAUAACCGCAGCAACAACAACGGCCACUAUGACAAGCAGCUACCCUACUACGACGUGUUGCCAGGCAACAAUCCUCAGGUUGCCAGUCAGAAGCUGCCUUACGUUGACGUAAAGCUCGCACGAACACUGCCGGUUAACAGAAAGACGUGUCCAACCUCGCCUGUCAAAGCCAAAAGACCAUUUGUUGAGUCUAAUGUAUAGAGAAGACGAAGAGAAACAAGUAAACUUAUUUGUACAAUGUUUAGUGCUUGUGUAGAACAUAAGAUGAGCCUAAGACAAGAGAUAAAUGGUAUUCAGGGUGCUUCAUAGCAGAUUUAGCUGAGAACUGAAUACAAGAUCGCUCUCUGUCUGAAGCUCAGUUCAUUGCACAGAAGACUGUGGUAACCUCAAUGGUGCGAUAGUGGGACAUCAUCUGAGCACAAGGAGUAGAUGUUUUUUUUUUUUGUUUUUAAAGUUAUUUCCGUUUGAAAAUGUACAUUUGGUUGUCUUUGUCUUUUUUGCUUUGAAAAGGGCACAAAAAAAGAUGUAUAUAAUUUUUUGUGCAGACUAAAUUUGUUUGCAUUGAGCAUCGAACAAAAACUUGCUUCGAGGACAACUUGUUUUCAGUUUUGUUUUCAUAAAUGGAUGUCAAUUAAUACACAUGUAUAUUAGAGCUGUACUGAAAAGACAAAAUAAUGUGCAAUUUUUAAAAUUAAGUGGUUCUUUCACAAGUAGUAAAAAAAUAUAUAUACAGUGUAUCACAAAAGUGAGGACACCCCUCGCAUUUCUGCAGAUAUUUAAGUGUAUCUUUCCAUGGGACAACACUGUUGGAAUUCGCCCCCCCGGCCAAGCCGCACGGAAAACGGCAACAGCCAAACGAAGUGAUGCUCCGCUACUUAACGCUUCCGUGCACCAACCGGGAGGGCGGAUUUUCGCGCGUUCACCUCUUAUGUUAACCCUUUGUACUGACUCCAUGUUCCAAAAGUUUGAAGAAGGCUCACCAAAAGCAGGUUGACAAUUUAUUCGUCGACAAUGGUCAAAAAACAAGGCAAAAACAGACGACGGAGGAACAAUGUUAAAUCCAUAACAAGGCUACAUAGAAAAGUCUCCAAGCAGCAAAAUUUGUGUUCUCUCAGUGUCCAGUGUUUUUUAAGUCCAUGGUGGAGUAGUCCGGGCCGAAGGUGUGGUUGAGUGUUGUUUCGGGACCAUCCCUCUGUGGCCGGUUUUGUGGGGUUAGGUUGUUUGUGGAUAGGACGUGGUUGCCACAGCGAACGACGCUGGUCUUGACGUCCCAAGCGCCCGCAAUCAACUUUGUUAUCACUGCUGGCUCUACUUGUUUUAGGACAAAGCGCGCUACUCCUUUUCCUUGUUGUGGCCAGGAGAACUGAUUGCGAUAGUUGGUGCGUCAAUCUUGCUCGUGACGCACACGUUGGGCUUCUGUGAUAAGAUGGCGUUGUGUAUCUAUUCUGGUUCUUUUCAUUAAACUAUGGUGUGCUAUUUUAUAUUAGGUGUGUUUAGAGUAGUUCAGUCCUACCGUAAAUAUGAGAAAUGAUACUAUUCCCUGAUUAAUUAUAUUACGUGUGUUCGAGUAAUGCAAACAGUUAGACGGUGCCUACGAGAAACAGUACCAUUUUUUCUAUUUCCCCCUCAUGAGCCCCGAGAUGGUGAUUCACUUUACUGUGUUCAAGGGCAUGGAGAGAAGUCUGCCUAAACUAUAAUUAGAUGAAUGUGUUAGACUAAUGAAAACAUUUAUAUGGUGUGUGCGAGAACGGUACCUAUUCCCUUCAACACUGACAAAAUGACACUUUGACACAAUGAAAAGCAGUCUGUGUGCAGCUUAUAUUAUAGAGCUAAUUUAUUUUCCCCUCAAAAUAACUUAAAAUAUAGCCGUUAAUAUCUAAACCCCAGGCAACAAAAGUGAGUACACCACAUGGGAACUACGUACAUUCCUAAAUUGUCCAAAUUGAGUACUGCUUGUCAUUUUCCCUCCAAAAUGUCAUGUGACUCGUUACACGGGUGCUACCGGCAUUGCUGCUGAGAUUGAAGAGGUGGGGGGGGGGUCAUUCCCACCACCAUGCUUGACUGUAGGCAUGACACACUUAUCUUUGUACUCCUCACCUGGUCGCCGCCACCCAUGUUUGAGACCAUCAGAACCAAACAAAUUAAUCUUCGUCUCAUUAGACCAUAGGACAUGGUUCCAGUAAUCCAUGUGCUUUGUUGACAUGUCUUCAGCAAAUUGUUUGCGGGCAUUCUUGUGUACCGUCUUCAGAAGAGACUUCCUCCUGGUGUGACAGCCAUGCACACCAAUUUGAUGUAGAUUACGGCGUGUGGUCUGAGUACUAACAGGCUUACCCCCCACCUCUUCAAUCUCUGCAGCAAUGCUGACAGCACUCCUGUAACGAGUCACAUGACAUUUUGAAGGGAAAAUGACAAGCUGUACUCAAUUUGGACAUUUAGGGAUGUACGUCGUUCCCAUGCGGUAGAUAUUAAUGGCUAUAUUUUAAGUUAUUUUGAGGGGAUUACUCUAUUAUAUAAGCUGCACACAUACUACUUUUCAUUGUGUUAAAGUGUCAUUUAGUCAGUGUUGUCCCAUGGAAACAUACUUAAAUAUCUGCAGAAAUGCGAGGGGUGUACUCACUUUUGUGAUACACUGUAUAUAUUUUCUUUUCAGUUCAGCUCUCAUAAACUGUCAGUCAUUUGUUAUUGCAAUGACAGCUGUGUGGACAUUCCUCUUGAGCUUUUGAAUGGAUUGUUCUGCUGGCUACAUUCAUUUUAUCUCCUGUUCUAUUGGUUGUAGCAAAGCAUUUGGCCUACUUCCAGAGCCAAAGAGCACAGAACUGACAAACCUUUAGCACAAGUAGCCAUCAAAUGAGCAUUGUGAAUAAUUUUCAGAGAUGGAUGCUUUCGUUCUCUACGACGCUUAUCCUGUGCAGGGUCACAGGCACAACCUAUUUUAGUUUCUUGCUUGAGAGUUUUGUGCAUUUCGUUAACAUGAAUGUUUUGUACAUUUCUUUUUGUAUGUGUCUGAGCGAGACUUGUGACCUCUCCAUCAUAAUACAGCUCCCUGCUGUCACCAGUCUCAUAGGGCAACACGUUCAGCAGCCGUGAUUUCGACCACUUCAUUGGAUGUAUUAAAAAUGGAUAAAAAGAAUUAAACGUCUUUAACAACUCAAUGAGUAUCAUGUGUUAUCAGAGGUGGGUAGUAACCAUAGGCGGAGUUUGACUUUUGGGGUGGGGGCGCACAUGUUCAUGACCCCGAAACACAGUGUUAACAAUAAACUUACAAGAUUAUUUAUAAUAAGUUUACAAUGAGCGUUUUUUGUUUCCCAUCAUCUUGAGGGGAAUUCUGAAUCAGGCUGCUUAGGCAAUACUUUUCGCCAAGAUCGUCAACCAUUGAAUAUGGUACGCCCGUCGGGGUCGUGCCAAUGUAGUUACCCCAGUCAAAACUUGUAUCCCCUGGGCGGAGCCAUAUGGAGGUAAAUUUGUGUCUUUAUUAUUCAAUCAAAAAAAAGUUGCUUGAAUAAAAAACGUUGCUUCAAUCAAAAUAUAUAUAUUUUCAAUCAAAAAAAAGUCGCUUCAAUCAAAAAAAAAAUGUUUUUGAAUGCAAAAUUAAAUUUGAAACUCAAACAAAAAGCAUGUGAAAGCUAUUUUUGUUUGAAUUUUGGGGGGGAUUGAGG